GCGCAGCGUGCGGGGCGGGCCGCGGCGCGGGGCUCCGACGGGGACUCGGGCGCGAGCGCGGCAGGCCGGCGGGGGGCGUCUCCCGGGACGGGGCCGCCGCGCCCUCCCGCCGGGGACCGGGUGGUCGGCCGGUCGCCCGGUCAGGCGACGCCGGAUCGCAGCGCGCGUCGGGGCCUCGGGGCUCCGGGUCGGGACGCGUCAGCGCCGAGCGGCUCAGCCCGGGGCGGCCCCGUGCGUGUCACCCCCGUGCCUGGCUCUGUUCCUGGAAGGAAAGCGUAACAUCAGCACCGUAAUGGCCGCAGCUGGGAUGAUGUUACUUCUAAGAAGUGUUCGACUGACUUCAAAAUUUACGAGUUCUUCAGAAAUUCCAGUGGAAUUUAUAAGAAGGAAUGUUAAACUACGUGGACGAUUACGCCGAAUAACCGACAGUGGUUUAGAAAUUGAGCAUAUUCCUAUUACUUUACCUAUUAUAUCUUCAUGGAGAAAAGAGCCAUGCGGUGUUUUGCUGGUUCAGCUGGCUGGAGUAGAACUCACUGAAACUGGGAAGAUGUGGUUACAGAAAGAGCUAAAACCUUCCCAACUUCUAUGGUUCCAGCUUCUUGGAAAGGAGAAUUCAACACUCUUUUGCUACCUUUUGGUGAAUAGGGGUAGGUAUUUUACUGUGAGUCUGAAUGAAGAAAUUCUGAGAAGAGGCCUUGGCAAAACUGUUCUUGUUAAAGGGCUAAACCAUGAUUCUAAAAUCUAUUGGAGAAUUCACAGAAACUUACUUAAAGCUGAAUUAACAGCCUUGAAAAAAAGAGAAGGAAUAUGGAAAGAAGAAUCUGAAAAAGAAAGUUAUUUGGAAAAAUUCAAAGGCUCCUGGAGAGAAAUAUGGGGAAAAUACAGUAAUUUAAAAAAAACUGGAUCAGAUUUCAACUUGAAAAAAGAGAGUUAUUAUGACAAAUUUAGAAGGACAUAUGAAGCAUGGAAAGACAACAUGAGUAACUACUCCUUAGUACUGAAGUUCAGAGAAUUUACAAGUCGCAUACACUUUCGUAGAAAAGGGUAAAAUAUUCCAAGAAAUCUGGAGGUUACCUACCUUGAAGAGUAAAAUAUGUAAAUAUAUGGAUAUUUUUCAUUGACUUGAAAUGGAAAUUUCCCCAAAUGAUCAAAGUUGUAUUCUAAUGGUAUUUCAGUAUUUAGAUGAUUGUUAUGGAUGUAAUAUCAUAAUAAUUUAAACAAAUUGUGAUUAAUGUAAUAUACUUUUAGGAAAAAUGAAACACUCUAUAAAAAGUUACCAGGUUGAAGGAUGUAUACACGUAGUGCUGAUAUUUCAAAAGAGCUUAACUAUUGGCCAUUGUGUUAUUUUAGUUAUUUUAGGCAGCCAUAUUUAAUUUUUGUUUAAAGAGUAUUUAUUUUUCCUAUUUCAUCAGCUUUGGUGAUUUAUAAUAAAGGAACUGUUUAUGCCUCGUGUCUGAGGCCACUCUUCUC